AGCCGUGGAGGGGACUCGACCGGGGGCUGGAGAUCGUCGGGAACAGCGGCCCGGGACCCGCGCUGCCCCCACCCCUACCGAGCAGGUCAGAGGCGCCCCCAUGGCCCGACCCCGCUGAUUCCUCCACCCGGCCAUGCUCCCGCGGCCCCUGCGGCUGCUUCUGGACACGAGCCCCCCCGGGGGAGUCGUGCUGAGCAGCUUCCGGAGCCGAGACCCCGAAGAGGGUGGGGACCCAGGUGGCCGGGCCGUGGGCGGGGGGCAGGAGGAAGAGGAGGAGGAAGAAGAAGAGGCUCCCGUGUCUGUCUGGGAUGAGGAGGAAGAUGGAGCCACCUUUACUGUCACAAGCCGCCAAUAUAGGCCUCUUGAUCCUUUGGCCCCCAUGCCUCCUCCACGAUCUUCUCGACGGCUCCGGGCUGGCACUUUGGAGGCCCUGGUCAGACACCUGUUGGAUACCCGGACAUCAGGGACUGACGUGACCUUCAUAUCAGCCUUGCUGGCCACCCACCGGGCCUUCACUUCCACGCCUGCCCUGCUUGGGCUUGUGGUUGACAGGCUGGAAGCUCUUGAAUCUCAUCCUCCUGAUGAGCUAGAGAGGACAACAGGGGUAGCCAUUUCUGUACUGUCAACCUGGCUGGCCUCUCACCCUGAGGAUUUUGGCUCUGAGGUCAAGGGUCAACUUGACCGGCUUGAGAGCUUCCUGCUUCGGACAGGGUAUGCAGCAGGGCAGGGUGUUGGGGAGGGCAGCGCUGACCUCAUCCGCAACCUCCGGUCCCGGGUGGACCCCCACACCCCUGACCUUCCUAAGCCCCCGGCCCUCCCUGGCGACCCCCCUGCUGACCCCACGGAUGUCCUGGUGUUCCUCGCUGACCACUUGGCCGAACAGCUGACCCUGCUAGAUGCGGAGCUGUUUCUGAACCUGGUGCCUUCCCAGUGCUUGGGGGGCUUGUGGGGUCACAGAGACCGGCCAGGACAUUCCCACCUCUGCCCAUCUGUCCGAGCUACUGUCACACAGUUCAACAAGGUGGCAGGGGCAGUGGUUAGCUCUGUCCUGGGGGCCACCCCCACUGGAGAUGGGCCUGGAGAGGUGACCAUUCGGCCACUCCGGCCCCCUCAGAGGGCCCGGCUCCUGGAGAAGUGGAUCCGUGUGGCAGAGGAGUGCCGACUGCUCCGAAACUUUUCUUCAGUUUACGCGGUUGUGUCCGCCUUGCAGUCUAGCCCCAUCCACAGGCUUCGGUCAGCGUGGGGGGAGGCAGCCAGGGAUAGUCUGAGAGUCUUUUCCAGUCUCUGCCAGAUUUUCUCCGAGGAGGAUAAUUAUUCCCAGAGCCGGGAACUCCUCAUGAAGGAAGUGAAACCACAGCCCUCUCUGGAACCACACUCCAAGAAAGCCCCGAGGUCUGGCUCUCGGGGUGGGGGGGUGGUUCCAUACCUUGGCACCUUCCUAAAGGAUCUUGUGAUGCUGGAUGCAGCCUCUAAGGAUGAGUUAGAGAAUGGCUACAUCAAUUUUGACAAACGGAGAAAGGAGUUUGCUGUCCUUUCUGAGUUGAGGCGGCUCCAGAAUGAAUGUCGAGGCUAUGACCUCCGACCUGACUCUGAUAUCCAACAAUGGCUCCAGGGACUCCGGCCGCUGACGGAGGCUCAGAGUCACCGUGUGUCCUGUGAGGUGGAGCCAUCUGGAACCAGUGAUCCUCCGGCUCCAAGGGUGCUCCGUCCAACACUAGUCAUCUCACAGUGGACAGACGUUUUAGGCUCUGUUGGAGGUCCCACCCCCCUUGUGGCCUGGGACAGGCCCAGUGUAGGGGGCGAUGAGGUGUCUGGAACCCCUGCUCCUUUGCUCACCCGGUUGGCCCAGCAUAUGAAAUGGCCAUCCGUCUCAUCUCUGGACUCUGCCUUGGAAAACAGUCCCUCUUUGCACACUCCAACGGAUCCUAGCCACCUCUCUCCCCCAGCCUCCUCCCCUCGGCCUUCUCGGGGUCACCGCCGCUCAGCCUCCUGUGGCUCCCCACUGAGCGGGGGUACAGGAGAAGGGCCUUUCAGGGGGGCUGGAUGUGGGGGAGGGGGAUCUGGGCCAGGGUCCUCUGAUUGCCGAAUCAUCCGAGUCCAGAUGGAGCUGGGCGAAGAUGGCAGUGUCUACAAGAGCAUCUUGAUAACAAGCCAGGACAAGGCCCCAAGUGUCAUCAGCCGUGUCCUUAAGAAAAACAAUCGUGAUUCUGCCGUGGCUUCAGAGUUUGAACUGGUACAGCUGCUACCAGGGGAGCGAGAGCUGACCAUUCCGCCCUCAGCUAACGUCUUCUAUGCCAUGGAUGGAGCAUCCCAUGAUUUCCUCCUACGGCGGCGAAGGCCCUCUACUGUCACUCCGGGCUCUGCCAGCGGCCCCUCUGCCUCAGGAACUCCCCCAAGUGAGGGAGGAGGAGGCUCCUUUCCCCGGAUCAAGGCUACAGGGAGGAAGAUUGCACGCGCGCUAUUCUGAUGAGGAAACCCUGUUGACUUAACAGAAGUCAUGGAUGGUGUUCAUACCAGAUGUGGGGAGCCAUCUUGAAAGGUGGCAGUUGUAACUCAUGAGACAGAAAUUCUGAGAGGUGGCCAGCUACCCUGGGGCAGUGAAGUGCCACUUGUUUACCGAACUGCUAAGAAUAAACCCAUGUGGGAGCGGGUAAUCUUGUACACAAGAUGGAUACCUUUGGCAGCUCCUCACCUCUGAUGAAUGUGGCACACAGAUAAUAUGGGAAAAUGCACUGGUUUCUGAUUCCUGCCACAUUCUAGCAUGUGAAGGGCCAAGGAAAGGCCUAGAGUAGGGCAGGGGAAGGAAAGGCCUAGAGGCUCUGAGCCCCAGGGCAGAGAGGAAUGGCCAGUAGGUUCUAAUACUUCCCUUUCCCCAUUCUGGGGAUUACUGUCACUGUGACACUAAGAUAAUAAACCAAAACAC